GCAGAAACACGGAAGAAGAAGAGUUUAUUCAAGGCGUUUGGGGAUUCGCGCGGACACAUGUACACGAGUUUCUCCCGGUAAACAUGCUCCCGUGACGAUUCUCCAAUGUUACUCACAUUCGCAGCGGUUUUAAGCGGAGAUGCCUGGAAACACAUUACUGCAUGGACUGAUUCUCUUAUGUUCAAUUCAUCCGCUUGUGCUCUCCGAAAAACCGGAUGAUGGCUGUGGUCAUUAUGUCCUUGGGCAAGAGAGUGGUGUUCUGUCCUCCGAGAACUACCCGGGAACUUACCCCAACAACUCCUGGUGUGAAUGGCGAAUCCGCGUACCACUUGGCCACACGAUUGUCCUCAAGUUUGGAGACCUGAACAUGGAGAAGAAGGACUGUGAGUCUGACUAUUUGAAGGUUCUAAAAGGAUCAUAUGGGGCAGAAAUCGUUUCCUGGGAGUACUGUGGUGGUCUGAUGCCUAAGCCUGGACCGAUUCACACGGACUCCAGCGAACUGACCGUUCGCUUUCGUAGCAGCCAGCAUAUAUCUGGAAGAGGAUUCCUGCUUUCAUACUCCACAGAAAACCACAAAGAGCUGCUGACAUGCUUGGACAAAGGCAGUCAUUUCCCGAGGCAGUCUAAGUACAGGAAGUACUGUCCGGCCGGAUGUGCAGCGGUGACAGGAGACGUGUCUGGGGACAUUUCCCUGGGCUACAGACAUACAUCAGUUUUGUGUAAAUCAGCGGUGCAUGCUGGGGUUAUCAUGGACCAGUUUGGAGGACCAAUCACAGUGGAGGUGCGCCGAGGGCUCAGUCACUACCCUGCGGUCAGAGCCAAUGGCAUCCAGUCAAAAGAUGGCUCGUUGUCUGAAACCCUCUUCACAUUUGUGACAAACGAUUGCAGUCAACAGACUAUUCUUCAACCUAUGAGCACUGCUACAAGCUUGUCAUCACACAAUAUCUCCACCGACGGGUCUGAAGUCGACUGGUUUUCUAACAGCACCCAACCAGGUGUCUCUGAUGACCUUAACAACAACCAUCCAAAAUGGCUCCAGAUUGACCUCGGAGAAAAGAGGAGGAUCACAGGUAUUCUGACCACAGGCUUGACUAUUGCAGGCUUCGGAUAUUUUGUAAAAAACUACAAGAUCCAGUACAAAGAGAAGAGUCGCUGGCGAACAUUUGUCCAGUAUAAUAACUCUGAUGAUAUGAUCUUUGAAGGAAAUACUGACAGCCUCCACCAAACACGCAACACUUUCCAUCCCUCCAUCGUAGCACGAAGCAUUCGAGUCGUACCUCAACAGUGGCACCGGAUAAUCGCUAUGAGAGUGCAGCUACUGGGCUGUCCUUAUAUUAAACCCAUCCCAGCAGUAAAUUCAUCAUCUCUGGUAACACAGGAGGCCCAGCCUACACAGCCCAUUCACAAUGACAUGACCAAACCAGUGGCCUCUCAGGCUGAUCUUGUUAAUCUGGUCGUAAUAAUUGUGCCCACCAUUCUGCUUGCGGUCUUGCUUCUGGUGGGAAUCUACGUGGUUAAAAUGCUAUACAAUAAGAAGACAAAGGAGAACACAUAUGGCUCUGCGGAGACACAUACAGAAUGGCUGACAGUUGAAAGGUUAUUGUCUGCAGGCUGUUGGGGACAGAUAAAACAGCCGUUUGCCAGGCACCAGUCCACAGAGUUCACCAUCAAGUACAGCUCUGAGAAGGACCCCAUCCAAAAGCUGGACCUGGUAACCAGUGCAAUGGCAGCUGAGUACCAGCAGCCUCUCAUGCUCGGCACAGACACUGUGUCCCGAAAAGGCUCGACGUUCAGACCCAUGGAAACCGAGGCCAAAGACAAGGACAUCGAGGCAACUUCUCACUACGACCAACUGCAGACGGGCAUCCAGUACGCCCUGCCACUGACCAAUCAGGAGCCAGAAUAUGCCACGCCCAUCAUCGAGCGCCACGCCUUCCGCAAAGAUCCCUUCCUUCUGGAUCCCAGCUACAGCGUCCCAGGCGUUGUACUAAACAAAAGCCCGUCGUUUAGAGCGGUGGAGGGCAGUAUCUGUAGGAAAGUGAUCGGAGGGCUGGCCGGGGGCUACCAGGUGGCCCACGUCAAAGCGGACAGGGGGAAUUACCCAGAAGACAUCUACGACAGCCCUAAAAUUCAGAAGCCUGCCAUGCAGAAUGGGAAUUGCUCGGAGAACCAGAGAACCCAGAUUAAAUCCCAGGUUCAAGAGUGCUAUUCCACUCCCAGAGACUGCGUCAGACUGCCUUUCUCCGGACUCAGGCCAGACCCAGAGGGCAGCAGCUCAGAAGGAAGCUGAGAAGAACCAUACUGUGAUGUUGCCUGAUUUACCUGACUCAACAAAAUCACCUCCAGACUACUUAACUUAUUUGUGAAUGAGGGACAACUUUUUUUCUAUAUAUGAUGUACUUUGUCUUUUUUUUAAUGCAGAAAAUUGAAGGGGACGAAUGCAUUCAUUCCCUAAUCGGACACAAACUGUGAAUGCGAGCCAGAUCUUCAUGUGUUCUACAAUGUGACCAUAAUCUCAGUUUUUUCAGACUCUGCUUCAGAUAUCCUUAAAGGACAAUUUCACUGAUUUUCAACCAUCUUUGCAUUGUUAAAAUGUUGGUUAUGUAAAUGUUCAAUGUUAAUUCCCUAUUUAUUUGUCACCAAAAUACUAUUGACAGCCAGGUGAUGUUUUGUGUCAUAUGUUGACUUUUGAUGACAGAAACUAGUAUAUUUGGGUGCAGGUAACAUGGAGAAAGAGUAUACAUUUUUUACAUUUGCAUAUGCUACCAGCAUUUGAACAAUACAAAGAAAAUAUUGAAAGAAAAAAAAAGUUUCCUUUAACCAUUACAUUGAGGUCCACAGGCAGAAAAUAAGAUAUUACAGCAAGCGGACCAGAAGCUCACUAGGAGAACUGCAGUAACACAGAAUCUGUCUCCUAAAAUGUGACCUAGAACCAUUCCACGUUCAUGUCUCUUCACCAAUCAAAGCACAUGAAAUUAAUUCAAAACGCGUUUUUAAGUAGCCUAACACAUCUAAACUGGAAGCAAGCUGUGUGUCGAUGCAACAAAAUUUGCUCAAUUCCGUAAUGCAAGCAAAAUGAUGAUCUAGAAAUGAUCUGGUUUGACGUGAUGCUCUUUUCCAAGUGUAUAUUGGGUGUAAGGGUCAUAUUCUUACGUUAGAUUCAGCCGUUUGGAUCAUUUUUCAUCUCUCAUUCUGCUGUAUGCAAUUGCAUUGUUGUAUCUCAAAGGAUUUGAUCUUUCUUCCAUGCAGAGUAUUGUUGUGUUCACUUUGUUGUUUUGGACUCGCCUUGUUCCAUGUGAAAACUGGCUGUUUAAAGCAAUAACAGACUAAAAUGGCUUAUUUCAUAAUGUCUUUAUUUGGACUGUCUAUAGGAGUAUACAUUUGUAUGUACAGGUCUGAAAUGUAUAUUUAGUUAAAAAACAAAAAGAUAUGUUACUUUUCGCUAUCAAAGAUUAUUUAAAGGGACAGUUCACUCAACAAUUGUUGUUUUUCAUUCUCAUUUAAUUCCAAACUCAUAUGACUGACUGACUGACUUCUGUGGAACAUGAGAAGAAAUUAUAAACAAAAUGUAAAAAUGUUCAUUUUUGAGAUUUCAACAAUUCUUUUUGUUCCCGAAAGAGAGAGAGUCAUAAUGGAUUAGAGUUAACGAUGAAGGUAUUUUCAUUUUCAGAUGAACUGUCCCUUUAAGAAUUCAGAAGACCUCUUAGUUGCUGCUGUUUAAGGGACAAUCCCUGUUAAAGAUUACUGACUGGUCUUAAUUUCUGUGAAAUGUUUUGGGGGAUGUGCUUGGGGACUGAUGGUUAAUGUUUGAAAUGCCCAAGAGGAUCUGGUCAUGCUGGUGUGUUCAAGUGCUUCGCCACUGAGAAUCUCAGUGCUGUGUUUGUGCUUGUCUAAACCCUGAUUAAAGGCACCAGUAGUUCAA